ACGUCGACAGUGAAUGUGGAGGGAGAUAUACCUUGAGGUUAGAAGAUUCAUGGAAUGAAAGAAGACCUUUAAUAUAUCAAGUGUUAGAUAAUACCUCUGACAAUGGCAGGUGCUUUGAAAAGGUCAACGAAUUUGACAGGAUUAGCUGUUUGCAAGAAUCCUCAAGUAACAUUAAUUCCACUAUACAACAGAAUUUUGCGAGUGUUAGAGAAGUUUCCGAAGGAUUAUGCUUAUCGGAAAGAAACAGAGCAGGUUAUCAAAGAUAGAUUGAAGAUUGUGAAAGAGAGUGCUGAUGUAAAAGCUAUAGAGCACAAGAUAGGUUGCGGACAAGUGGAGGAACUUAUAAUACAAGUAAAUAAUGAGAUAUCACUGGCAGAGAAGAUGCUAGUGUGGAAACCAUGGGAGAAAUUUAAUUCAAGAAGCACCACCUAAUCAGUGGACGUGGCCACCUCAUAAGUAAUACUAAUUUGCUAUAGAUAAUUUGUAUAUAGUGUGGAACUCAGAUGUCAGUUCAAAUAAAAUAUAGAUUGUGCAUU